GUAAUUACGCAUUCGAGCCCUUCAAAGGCGGGAGGCAGCACUUCUACAACUUGCAGAGCUGCAGCAAUUGCACGCAUCCUCGCCCCAGCGCUUCUCGCUUCUCCCCCUCGCGACUUUGCGACACGCUUCGAGUACCAACCGCACCCACACCUCGCCCACACCUCGCCCACACUCAUCAUUCUUUCCCACCACCACUCAUCAGCAGCACCCAACUCGCGCAGACUCGCACAUCUCGAGCAGUCAUGACGGCUCGCAAUGAAUCUCGCAAAUCAUUGUGGCGAGCAUCGUCCAAGGGCCUCGUUGCCACUGUGCUCUUCGUCGUGGCGCUCGGCGUCAGCGUAGUGGCAGCAUCGGCAUCUCCAGUCUCUAACAUCGACGAGCGCAGCGCGGAAACAGCUGAUGGUGCGCAUGCGCAUGCCGAUGCCGACGCUGAAUUCGACUUCAUCGUCGUUGGAGGCGGUGGAGCUGGAGCGGUGAUCGGUGCGAGGUUGUCAGAGAACCCUCAUUGGAAGGUCGCCAUCGUCGAAGCUGGUCCGAGCGGUGUGGGCAAUCCCAACAUCACCAUUCCCGGAUCUCUCGGUGCUCCUUUCCUUGGCCCUCUUGAUUGGGCGUACAACACUGCCCCUCAAAAGGGCCUGAACGGCAAGAGCGUCUAUCAUCCACGUGGAAAGAUUCUCGGAGGAUCCACGGCCAUCAAUGCGCUGCAGUAUACGCGGCCCUUUGCUGGAGAAAUCGACGCCUGGGGUCAUUUGGGCAAUGCAGGAUGGAACUGGCCAACGAUGGAAAGGUAUUUGAAAAAGGCCCAAAACUCUACUCCACCCGCGCAAUCCUACCGAGACGGCUGGGGCGCCACCUUUGAUCGCAAGUCCCAAGGAUUCAAGGGUCCCAUCAACGUCGGCUUCACCAACUUUCACCUCCCGCAAAUCAAGACUUGGAUCCCCAGCUGGUCCGCUCUCGGCAUCUCUCAAGCUGCGCGAUCCGGUAUGGCAGGCGACAAUGUCGGCUCGAGCUUGUGGCCUUCCACCUUGGUGCCCGAGACGCAGUUGCGCGACGACACGGAGUUCGCUUACUUGACACCCAACAAGGACAGGAAGAACCUCGUCGUCAUUGCCAACACCACCGUGACUGCCAUCAAGUGGAAGAAGCACAAGUCUCACCAUGCUGGUCACCUUGACAAGCUCGUUGCCGACGGUGUGGCCGUCGUCGACUCUACCGCUCCGAGCGCCACUGGUGCCAAGAUCAAGCAUUUGCGCGCGCGCAAAGAAGUCAUCAUCUCUGGCGGCGCCUUCAACAGCCCAGCAAUCCUCGAGCACUCUGGUAUCGGCAACCCUGCUGUCCUCGAACCUCUUGGUAUCGAGGUCAAGUACGCAAAUCCAGGAGUAGGAGAGAACUUGCAGGAUCACCCAUCCUCCUCGGUCAUCCUCAAGUUGAAAGACGACUACACCUCCCUUGAUGGUCUGCUCUUCAAUGCCACUCUUGCAGCGGAGCAACAACAACUCUUCAUUCAGAACCAGACGGGCUUGCUCGACUUUGCUGGAGAUGCCAUCACCUACGUGCCUGGCGAGUACGUCUUGCAGACGCUGCUCAACAAACGCAAAGGCGCGGAGGAUGUGUUUGGUCAGCACACUCACGAGGCUCACAAGAAGCUCACCAGCGCAAAGACCAGCAGUCACGAUCACGAAGUCGAAAAGUACGCGCCUGUUGCCCCAAGACGUGGCGCGCUGGCUACAAAUGCCUACGCUCUGCGCCACUACGCCAAAUGGCCACAGAUCGAGUUUUACCUCUUGAACGCUUGGCAAGCAGCCAUUCCACCCGGCAAAGCGCCAGCUCCAGGGGCCUACUUUUCCGUCGUAACCUGCCCUCAGCGUCCGCUCGCCAGGGGAAGCGUGCACAUCAACAGCACCGAUGCUCUUGUCAAACCCAUCGUCGACCCGCGCUACCUCUCUCACGACCUGGACGCCUACACGCAAGGCUACGCGCUCGCGUUUGUGCGCAAGCUGGCCCAAUCUGAGCCUUUGAAGGGCAUCGUGGAGAGCGAAGCUUGGCCCGGUACCGAAGCUGUGCCAGAGAAUGCUUCGCUUGAGCAGUGGACCGACUUUGCCAGAAACUUUACCGGCACAGAGUACCACCCCUCUGGAUCUCUGCCCAUGCUUCCCCUGCACCUCGGCGGUGUGGUCUCGCAUGACUUGCGCGUGUACGGAACGCUCAACGUCAGAGUCGUGGAUGCGAGCAUCUUCCCCAUUCUCCCGUCUGCUCACUUGCAGAGCGUAGUCGCGGCCGUCGCCGAGCAAGCCGCAGACAUUGUCAAGCAGCACCACGGCUACCGUCAGCAUUGAUGCUGACUUGCCAGCUUCACGCAUGGACACUCUGACAUCGCUAGAACUUCUUCAGGCGCCAGCCAGAUCAACGCCAGCACAGACCACUGCACGCGCGCCCUGUCAUCGAAUCUUUGGCACAGCCGUUCAACGCGGCGCCGCACCUUGGGCGACUCUGUACGCCAGUCUGUGCUUCGUCGACUGUCGCCCUUCCUUGCAAUCUUUCGACUUCGGUU